AUGCCGCUUUCGUUCAGCGUCACCGCUGGAAAACUUUGUGAAAUCUUCGUAAGCUUUGUUUUCGCCAUCAAGUCCAAUGCCAUCGAUCAGAUCGUCAGCCUGUCUUCUGACAACAGCCUGGUUCACACUCAAAAGGAGUCGGACAACUCUGUUCCCGUGUAUGAUUGUCUGAAGUUCUGUGCCAGCAAAAACACGGACAGGAUCUACAUCUACGACAAGGACGGCCUCCCGCUCCACUGUAACUUCAUUCCCUUGGAUAUCAGACUGCAGAACUGGGAGGAACUGCCACCAGAAUUCAAUCACAGCGAGAACAGGAGACAGGUUGUGCGAUUCGUGCGCGAGUGGAGCUCUCUGACUGCGAUGAGGCAGAGGAUGGGUGAGGAAGAGUGGAAGAGUUUUUCACAGCCCCAUCCUGCUGCUGGAGGAGCUCACACAAUCCCAGCGCUGGCACAGCAGCACCUCCAGGCAAGAAAACACACAUACACCAUCAAAGCUGGAGAGCUUUGGGACUUAGAAGCCAAGAGCUCCGUGUGUGUUCAGACAAACACCACAGCCGGUUACCUGCAGGCCGUGGACUCGGCCGGGACCCCCCUGUGUCUGUCCUGCCGGAAGCCCAGCGGGGAGCACCACGGCUGGGCAGGAGGCUUCUGCAGCCCUGCCUGUACGGAGGACUUCCAGCUGCGCUCCAAUCAGGGCUACAUGCGCACCCACGUGCUGGAGAAAGAGCAGGGUGUGUGUCAGCACUGUGGACUCAACGCCCACCAGCUGUACGUGCAGGUCCGGGACGCCCCGCGCAUACACCGCAACGAGAUGCUGGACAACACCUGGCUGGCACAACUCCCUCUCAAACAGCUUCAGAGAAAACGUAGCCUCUGACGUCUGAAACCUAAUCAAACCCACGGGCAUGAAUUUACACAUCACUGAUGAUGAGGGUGGAAACGCAUCUCUGGCAUAGAACAAAAUGGAUCAUAAUGCCAACAAUAAAAAUCAAAGUUCACACCUGCGGACGCGGACCUACGUGACCACCGGCACGCCUGCGUGACUUUAUUACCGACGAGAACAAAAGACCAGCAGCAACACAACAACUUUAAUAACGCUGAGACUGAGAGAUAUUGAGUGGACAUCAAAUGAAGGCGCGUGUCCUGACAGCCCCAGGGGAUUUCUGACGGAGGCCGGAUUCAAAUGACUUUGUGUUUCUUGUCGGGCGAAUGGCAUGAGGGAGAAAAGCAGUCUAAACAAUAACA